CCACAUGUGACUUGUUUAUAAUAUAUACCCAAAAUUAACCACAGGCAACAGAAUACCUCGACAGAAUAUCUCUACAGAGGAGCUAUGGAUGGUAACAAGGCUACUCUUAAUCUUGAUGGCAAGCAUCAACUGAAUCACAGUACUGUGUAUAAGUCGGCUAAAUCUACCAGAUCUUGGUUUCCAGUUGCUGUCGCCUUGUUCCUAUUGCUGUCGGUGGCUGGCUUGUACCAUGUGCAUCAGUGCUUCAGAUUGUCGUCGCUAAUCAAUCCUCAGUACACGAACUCGGAGAAAGAAACAAUUACACUCUAUAGAGACCCAAUCAAGGACCCAAUAUCACAAGCUGAAACGCCUGUCAGUAUGCUGCAGCCUGAGACACUCAUUGAAUUGUUGCAGAAUUUAACGUUUUUGAACUAUGGAGUUAUAAAAAACAGUGAUGAGUUUGUGUGGCUAAAUCAUAAUUGCCAUUACCUUGAGUCACAAAAUGUUAGUGGACCUUAUAUGGGCUGGGCUGAUGUAAAUUCAGCUAACUACCUGUUCAGACGACGAGGUCAAAUCUAUGUUGAUCCUCCUUCUGGAAUGAGGAGUAGUGUUCCACUCGGAGGAAUAUCAACUGGUGUAUUUGAGCUUCGUGUUGACGGUUCAUUUCACGAGUUUACUAUCUUCAACCAACACCCAGCAGGUGCUGCCAAAAUUCAGACUUUUGAUGACAUGUUUAUGGCUGUGAGAACUCAGACCAAUGAUGAAAGUGUUGCACUAGUGUUGCAGACGCACCCCAGCAAUAAGGAGCUGCCAGGUGUUCGUUCUCUGGACUACAGAGGCGCCUAUCCUGUUAGUAAGCUGUUGGUGAAUGAUCCUCGACUCCCUGUUGACGUGUCAGUGUAUGCCUACUCUUGGUACAAGCACAGCGACAUGAACAUCUCAGCUACACCAGCUGUAGCCUUUACUGCAGUAUUUCGUAAUACACUGUCUGAACAUGUUAAUGCAUCAUUCAUGCUCAAUCUUCCUAUUGGCCUUGAGCGUCGUACACAGAGAGUUGCCGACCAGUUUCCACCAAACCUAAACAGCUAUGAUAGCAGCUACGCCUCUCUCCCCACUGAAGUACAUCAAUUAUCCGUACAGCCUGACAAAGAUAUGUCAAUUGAGUGUUUCAUGAUGUGUGGUGAUGGUUGUAAGUCAUGGACUUAUAACGAGUUAAGCAACGAAUGUUUGGUGUACAAAGAUGCUCCUCGUAUGAAUGGUCACAAUGACAAAUGCUCUUCAGGAGUUAAGACUCACUGGAGUGUCAAUUCUGGGUGCCUCACAGUGAACAGGGACACUCCUGGCUAUAACACAAAUGGCAACAUGUCGUUGUGUGCAUUUUCAUCAGACAAAGAAGUUGAUAUCAAGGUUGGAACAAGCAACAGUGUUACUUCCCUGUGGAAAGAUUUCUCCACGACUGGUAGUUUCUCUGAGGUAACUGAAGGCUCUUAUGUGACUGGGGCUGUAUCAGGUCAGGUGUCACUCAAACCCAAUGAAGUCAAGGAGGUCACAAUUGUUCUAGGAUGGUACUUUCCAGAGAGAGACUUUCUUGGAUUACCUGUCGGCAACUAUUACAGUCAUCUUGUUGAUAACUCCUCUCAAGCUGCACAGUUAGUAGGGAAUAAUGUUAAGAAUGUAGUCAAAGAUGCUGCUAAACUGCACACCACAUUCUUCGGUUCAGAUGUGGACGAAACUCUACAAGACAUGCUCAUUAACAGUCUCUCUCACAUAAGAUCUGCAUUUUGGCUUAAAGAUGGCCGUUGGAGGCAAUGGGAGGCACAUGAUUGCGUCAAUUUAGAUUCUGUGCAUAAUGAUGGAGAGAGGCACAUCCCGUACUUAAUGAUCUUCCCUGACUCUACUAUUAGCAAGAUGAGGGCGUGGGCUAGCUUUCAACUUGAUAAUGGCAUGAUACAAGAAGAACUGCGUUGUGGUUGUUGGUCGUUACCCAUAUUACCUAUUGAAGUGGAGUUUGGCUGUGGACGUGCAAUGUCUGAUGUGUCCUCUAUGUUCAUUGUCUAUUUGCUUGAGAUUCUGCAGUGGCAUCCUGGCCCUACGUCUAACCAGGUGGUCAAGGAACUAUGGCCGAAUGCCAAGAGAGCUGCACAAUGGCACUUGGACGUAAGCAAAAAAGUAGGCAUGCCACAGUAUCUAGUCACUACAUACGAUGUGCUGCGACUUGGUUCUUAUCCAUAUGCAAGCUACAAUGGAGCCUUUCAUUUGUUGGCCAUGAAAGCAGCAGAAAAACUGGCAGUGUGGAUGAAUGACACUGACUUUGCAUUGGAAUGCCAUACAGCAUUUCUGGUUGGGCAGGACACACUGGAUGAUAUUCUUUGGAACAGCACUGGAAAAUACUACAAUGCUUACAGUACGACGGAGGAAGAUUUUGCAGAAGAGCUAUUCUUCGAGGACCUUCGGGUCAAUCUGUGUGACUAUCCAAAGUAUCACAAGGAGGAGUGGGGGGAGUGUCAUGAUGGCUCCCCUACCAACCCAGGAGCCAUCAUGACUGACACCUUCUAUGCGCAGGUCCUGGCAUACUCACUUGGUAUUGGAACGCUUGUCAAGGAUGAGAGCAAGCUAAGAAAUCACAUGAAGGCUGAGCGAGUCUACAAUCACAGUCCCAAAGGGAUGGUUGUAAUGACAGGUCGGUACACUAAAGUACCUAUCCCAUGGAGUGACAAUGCCAUAUGGAUGAUGGGAAACCCUAACUGGGCAAGCAUCCAGCUGCAUCUGGGAGAGGAUCGAGACGAGGCUAUGGAUGUGGUUAAAGAGUCAUUCGACCAAUGGAGGACAAAACUCAAUGAGAUUUGGAAUGUUGCUGGUAUCUUGGCCAGUGGAGACUACACUAACUCUGGAGCCAGUGCCACUACUGAUGAUACUGAGCUGCCUUAUAUCACUAGCCACUAUGGCUACUACAUGUCAUCGUGGCACAUUAUUCUAGCGCUCUCUGGACAAAAUGUUGAUGUUAAUGAACAGAAGAUGACCUUCUCUCCUAAGUUCCCUCUGUGCUGUAGUAGUGAGUGCAAGUCGUACAAACUUCCUGUAAUGCUACCAACGGUUUGGGGCACCCUCAAGCGAGACUCAGGUUUUGACUUGGCCAAAGAAAAAUUAUUGUACGUACAUUACACACUCUCACUGGAGUACGGUAGUGUGGAUGUGAUGGAGUUGUCUGUUGAUGACUGCAAGAUGCAAAACGCUGGUGUCACAACCGUGGAUGUAGAUCACCCAGCCAAGUGGUACUGCCCUGUUACGUGCUUGUAGAAUAUCUACACAUGACACUGAACAAAUUUUAUUCUUGAUAUAGUUAUGUAUGUAAUAAAAAUGUAAUGUACAAUUUUGUAUCUAUGUUUACCACUGGUAAAGAUCACUGCAGUAAUACGUAAGAUGUUUAUUAAAAUGA